UCCCCGCCUUUGGCGCCGCCUCCCCGGCUGCUUCCUUCCCGCCUGGCCGGCGCGAUGGCGAGCCUGACCCCGCAGGUGCACUGGGCGCAGCGGCAUCCCGAGCUCUACCUGCGCGUGGAGCUGAGCGACGUGCAGGAUCCUGAAAUUACUAUUACGGACAAUGUGCUCCAUUUUAAAGCCCAGGGCCAUGGAGCUAAAGGAGACAAUAUUUACACAUUCCAGAUUGAGUUCCUGGAACCAGUAAAUCCUCAGCCGGUGUGCAAAGUGACUCAGAGGCAGCUGAAUAUCACAGUGAAGAAGAAGGAGAGCCACUGGUGGGAGAGACUGACCAAGCAGGAGAAGCGGCCGCUGUUCCUCGCUCCAGAUUUUGACCGAUGGCUGGACGAAUCGGAUGCCGAGUUGGAACUGAAGGCCAAGGAAGAAGAGCGGAUAAACAAAAUCAGUCUCAAGAACAGAAUCCCCAAAGACCCUUUCCGACACUUGAAGAGGGGCUAUUUGUUCAUGUACAACCUCGUGCAGUUCCUGGGAUUUUCCUGGAUCUUUGUGAAUAUGACCGUCCGGCUGUUCAUGCUGGGGAAAGAAUCUUUCUCAGAUACUUUCCACAUGAGUGCAGACAUGAUGUACUUCUGCCAGACGUUGGCCUUGAUGGAGAUUGUGAAUACCUUGAUAGGCCUAAUCAAAGCUCCUUUAGCUCCUGUUUGUAUCCAGAUCUUUGGGAGGAAUUUUAUACUGUUUGUAGUUCUUGGAAGUGUGGAAGAAAUGCAGAGCAAAGCAGUCGUCUUCUUCAUCUUCUACAUCUGGAGCACGAUUGAGAUCAUCAGGUAUCCCUACUAUUUGCUUUCCAGCAUCGACAUAGAAUGGAAAAUUCUUACUUGGCUUCGAUACAGCCUAUGGAUGCCUCUCUACCCACUGGGAAUAUUGGCAGAAGCUGUCGCCGUGAUCCAGGCCAUUCCUAUCUUCAACAGCACCGGAAAACUCAGCUUCACCCUCAAUUAUCCGCUGAAAGUCACCGUCCCGUUUUCCGUCUUUCUGCAGCUCCAUCUCAUCUUGUUAUUCUUAGCGCCGUUUAUCCUUUUCCGUCACAUGUACAAGCAACGCCAGCGACAUCUUGGGCCCAAAAAGAGGAAAAUGCACUAAUUGGAGUCUCUUUUUUUUCUAAUCUUCCUGGAAGAUGGGUGCAGGGGGUGGGCUUUGGGCUCUUCCAAACCCUUUUCUUCGCCUGUUAACCCAAAAACCAAUUUUGUAGUCGCAAUGACACAUGUCUUCCUUGCCUGACACCAGAAAAUAGAGCCGUCCAGCUAACAUUUUCCUUUGCACCUCACUCCCUUCUCGGAUAAGCUAAACAGGGGGUCCAUGCUAAAAAUCUCUUUCUUAUGAAAUAGACCCAGACCCUUUAGUGAAAAGAAAGCUGCUUUCCGGGGGGGAAAAUAGCACAAAAACUCUGCCGCCCGAGAGAUGCAGAAAGAGAUUUCCAAAACACCAACUUGAGGAGGAUCUAAAGAACCUAGAAACGUAGUUAAGACUGAGCAGUAAGUUUCCUGUUGCUUUAAAAGAACCGAGUGGUUUGUUAGGAUCAAUUUUACUUUUUUUCCUCAUCCAGACAGCAAAAAUGACUAAAUCUAGAGGGGCAAAUUCAUUGCCCGCUUCUUCCUAGUGGCGUUCUUGUAUUUGAUUUUUUAUCGUCUGUAAACUUCCUGACG